AUCGCCGUGAGUUCUUGGCGAGCAGGUGGAUUUGGAGGUUAGCUUACGCUCGCUCAGACGGCAUCUCAGGGACGAUGGCGGAGGGAGAUAAUCGUAGCACCAACUUGCUGGCUGCAGAGACUGCAAGUCUGGAAGAGCAGCUGCAAGGAUGGGGAGAAGUGAUGCUGAUGACAGAUAAAGUCCUCCGAUGGGAAAGAGCCUGGUUUCCACCUGCCAUCAUGGGUGUGGUUUCUUUGGUGUUUCUGAUUAUCUACUAUCUAGAUCCAUCUGUUCUGUCAGGUGUUUCCUGUUUUGUUAUGUUUCUGUGCUUGGCUGAUUACCUUGUUCCCAUUCUAGCGCCUAGAAUUUUUGGCUCCAAUAAAUGGACUACUGAACAGCAGCAAAGAUUCCAUGAAAUUUGCAGCAAUCUAGUAAAAUCUCGACGCAGAGCUGUGGGCUGGUGGAAACGCCUCUUCACACUAAAGGAAGAAAAGCCUAAAAUGUACUUCAUGACCAUGAUCAUUUCUCUUGCUGCGGUUGCUUGGGUGGGACAACAAGUACAUAACCUGCUUCUCACCUACCUGAUAGUGACUUUCUUACUGUUGCUUCCUGGACUUAACCAACAUGGAAUCAUCUCGAAGUACAUUGGAAUGGCCAAAAGGGAGAUAAACAAACUUCUCAAACAAAAAGAAAAGAAAAAUGAAUAAUCCAUCUGCUUUGUUCCGUGUGAUAAUGGGAUGUACAUUGUCCUUGGGAACAGUUUCUAUUAUACUGUCUGAAAACUAAAAUGUUACAGAAGUAGCUCUUUGCCUCUCCCUCAUUCUGCCCGUAGAUAAUAGAAAUUCAGACUCACGGUGUAUGGCUUUGUGCUAGCGUCUUCUUGUCCAGUAUAGUUGGGUACAUUCUCAUCCGUUGGGCUUACGUGGACAACUCAUUAGCAAGUAUGAGUUAUUUUGAUUUUUCUCACCCAAUGUUAAUUGAAUUCUUAAUUUUUUAGACAACUUCAUUUAGGAUAAUAUGGUGGUGGACUUUCCUUUAGUGUGGUUAAAGUGACCUUGGGUAAUCGGUGGAGCUGAUCUUUGCUUAAGUUAGAUACAGGGUAGUGGUCUGUGGCUACAGGAAGCUGGUUCUACUGUCUGCUUUCACAGUCUGCUUGAAAAACUGACUUCAGGACUAUAGAGACCAGGUUUACCACUUCUGAUGAAGAGACCAAUUACGAUUCAUUCCUCAUUCUGUUUCUUUGCUGUGAGAGAAGAAUCCCCAUGAUUCUUAUCCCCUAUUAAUAAUUCCAUGACCUAGCGUGGGUACGUCUCUGCUUUGUGCAAAACCUAACAAUUUGUAGGAAACAUUGGUCUUUUCUCCCAAAUGCUUAGAGCUCUUGUCCUCCUGCACUAAGACUUUAAGUUAGUAAAUCUGUGAAGGCUUUCUAAUAGCAGACUUUCAAAAGAUUCUAUUUAGCAUUUUUAGCAUACUUUAAAUUUAGCAUAAUACACAGUUGGUUAAGACUCAUAUCUAUGACCUUUACUCCAAGACCAUCCUCCAGGGAAGGCCAGGAAUCUUCUAUGUUUAGUUAAGAUUCAUUUCAGAAGGACAUAAUUUUAUCUGAUUAAUUUUUGAGACUAGAAUAUGCCUUUAAAGGUAAUCUUCAAAAUUCUCAUUUUAUUGUAAUUACCUGGCCGUUUCAGUCCCCAUAGGUUUGGCGUAGGAGAUAGUGACUACACUGGUGUCUGACUUUUGUCCUAGAUAUUUCUCUGAAAACUGCAAGGGCUGUUGGUAAGAGCAGACUUGAGGUAAUGAUAGUUGGCCUCUGGUCUACUUAGAUUUUGUAACUCCUUGGGAAGCUUAUAAUCACUCUUUCCUUCUCAGUAGCUAGAAAUUUAGAGUAGUUGAAAUCUGUAGGAAUGAACCUCUGAGGGCCAAAAAAUGUGACAUUUUGGGGAACAAGUCUUAAACUGAUUAGCUGUGAUAUAGUUUUGUGAAUGUAUUGCACUGAUGCUGUAAAAUCUGUACCUUGUGGAAUACCUGUCCCUUUACAUGUUAUUACCUCCCCUUCCAAUACUGCUGUAAGUGGUAGUACCCAUUGUAGCAUAUGUUUGAUUUUUUUUUUUAAUGUUUCAUGUGAAAACUACCUUAACUUUACAUUUGUUUCCUCAUUGUAAAUAAGCCCAUCUUCCUAUGCAUAUUUUUUUGUGUAUACGUGUUCUACUAAUUCUUCUACUUUGGCAGUUUUAAUCCUGUAUUAUUUCUUCUACUUUGGUUUGUGUAAAAGGGGAAAAUAAAAAAACCUGGAAUUUU